UCUGAAUGCCGAAGCGCACGUUGCAAAUUCCCGCCCCCUGGCGAAGCCUUCCGCAGGACGAUGAAGCAGAUGAAUGCGACGAUACGAGGAGCGACGAGUAGAGUAUCUUGUAUGUGGUUUCUUCGAAGUAGAGUGAAAACUCAGCGACGUCAGUAGGCAGCUGGAGUACAGAUGGCUCACACGCACCAAGUCCAGUCAGCAGACGGGGGAAGUUUCGAGCAGGACUGCAGCGCCCGGAGCACCCCAGCAGCGCGGGACGGCGAUAAGCAGGAAGAAGUAUCUAAAGCACAAUCCAUGAAGAAGCCGCCACACGACACACAGCGCAAGCGCCCGCCCCCAAAACACCACAAGGGCUGGUGGCAGGCGAACUAGAAGAGGGGGCGGCGGUAACGGAGAAUAAGAGCAGGUACGUAUCACAGCUUCCGAUCCAGCCCGAAACUGCAAGUCUCACAGGGCAUCACCGCCUGGCGCAGCAGUGCACGGAGGGGAGGCGGCUCGCAGCGGCGCUCGAAGAGGGGCGCCAGCAUGCUGCCACAUCACAAACACUCCGAUGAACCGCGCCACAGCAGGUAUCACUGCUCGACGAAUCUCUGGGCUAGGCAGGGGCUGCGUAAACAGUACACGGAAGUCUCUAACACUACGAGAGGGCCCAACUCGUAGGAGACAACCAGCAGGAGCGGCGGGCACACCGACGAGAAGAGAUGGCGCAGUCACUGUCGAGGCUUAUGUCCAUAACACGUAGGAAGCAGGAGCCGCCCGAAGAGCGUGACGCAGGCAGUGAAGAGUGGACGUCUCCUCUCUUCGCUGGUUGAUGACUGAAGAAAGGCGGCGAAGACGGCUGGCCAGCAGCAGGAUAAUGGAGAGCCCCGGGCGCCUGCGGGCGGCCUCGCCGGUGGAGGACCUGCUGGGUGUGCUGGUGGCCCACGAGUGCACGGUGGACACGCUGUGUCGCUACCUGCGCGCCUGCCGCCUGUACGACGCGCUGGCGCUGCUCAAGGACGAAGAGGCCCUGGAGAUAACGCGGCACCCGGACGCGGACGGCGCGGCGGCGAGCGUGGCGCUGGGCCGCGCCCUGCGGCUGUGCUGCGAGGCGCGCGGCAUCCCGGGCCCCAGCUACGCGUGGUUCUACGAGAACCAGGAGCUGCCGGGACAGACCUCCGGCGAGCUGGUCGUCCCGCACUUCGGGCUGGAGCAGGAGGGCACGUACCACUGCGCGGUGAGCCAGCGCGGACGUGUGCCGUGCACUCUGCACAGCCGUGAGGUGGAGGCGACGGUGGCCCCCGUGCCGCCGCGCAUCGUGCUGCAGCCGGAGAGGACCGUGUUCAAGCUGUGCUCGACCGAGGCCGCGCUGGAGUGCCGUGCCGAGGGCCACCCCCGGCCCUGCUACCAGUGGUUCCGCGACAACACCGUGCUGGACGGCUGCACCUCCGCCGUGCUCAAGAUCCCGUUUGUGUCUGACAGAGACGAGGGGGAGUACAAGUGUCUCGUGAGGAAUGUAGCUGGUGACGUGUAUUCUGAAAAGUGCAUCCUCAAGACGUAUAAACCAUGUCCUCCUAUUCCUGGACAAAAGGAUCUCCCUGAUGUUCCGAAAGUGAGCGUCAAGGUGGCCCUGCUGAUCGGCAACAGGAGCUACGCCCACCAGCCGCUGAGGACCCCGUGGCAGGACGUGAAGACGCUGGCCCAGAUCCUCAGGACCAAGGGCUUCAUGGUGAUCGCCCUGAAGGACCUCACCCUGGUGGAGAUGCGGGGGGCCCUCCGCCUGUUCUGCAGCCUGCUCCGCAAGGCGGCGUACGGGGUGUUCUACUUCGCGGGCCACGGCUUCGAGCGCAGCCACAAGUACAUGAUGCCGGUGGACGCGACGGAGCACCGCUGCGGGAGCUGCCUCUCGGAGAAGGAGGUGGCCCACUGCGCCCAGCAGCGCCAGCCGCACCUCGUCAUGCUGGUGCCCGACAUGUGCCUCAGCAGGGUGAAGCUGACGGACCGGCACGCCGAGCCGGAGGACUUUGAGUUCUCGGGGGACAAGAACCUGCUGAUAGCGUGCGCCACCACCAGCGGCCACAAGGCGUUCGACGGCGAAGCCAACGGGGAGUACGUGACGUACCUUAAGCAGUGUCUGCCGUGGGACAUGCCCAUCCACGACGUGCUGCGCUACGUGUGCAGCGUGAUGCCGGGGAAGCAGUCGCCGCUGAACAUCUCCAACUUGGCGGGCAGCCACGUGCUGAGCGUGCCUGCCGAAGGGGACCCCGAGGUGGAGGCGGAGUACCGCAGGGUGACGGGCGCCGGGACGCCCCUCUGCGUGCACUUCCCCGCGGCGGCGGUGCGCAGCGCGGUCACCUGCCACCCGCUGGACGAGUGCUUCCACAACGCCCUCGAGCUGGUCUUCCACGACGUGGACGUGGCCCGCUGGGACGUGCGCUGCGAGCUGCUGUCCUUCAAGGAAUUGGACAUAGAGCAUGUAGAGGGGGCCCCAUUUCACAUCACUGUAAUCCACAACUUGCAGAAGGCAAAACUGUACAGUAAAUCAGAGCUGUCGCUGAGAGUGACGGUGAACCUGUUCGAACGCAAGAGCAACACGUGCGUCGGCAACACCAUCCUGGACCUGGGCUACCCCCUCAUCACGUCUGCCAACCUCUGGCUCGAAGCCCCGACCUGUGUCUGCAGGAAGUGCGAGAAACGGCGUGGAGCAAAGUGACUCGGGGGACAGUCCUCCACGUGUACGUUACAAGCAUAGUUGCCAGGAUGUGCCUUACAGUCGUCAUCUCAGCCUUGAAAUUCCACAAGUUAGACAGGUAUCAAGCAUUCAAUUCUGUUUAUCAACUUGUCAUCAUCUGGCAAGGUUGUCCACAUACCACUCAAAUAAUUCUCACAAGUUUCACAAACUUGAAAACAUGACCAAAAGAGUCUUUCACGAUUCAAAUACGCAUAAUUUCCGUGCCAAACAAAGGCAAAAUAAAAUUGUUUUGCAAUGCUAAAAAAAAAAAAUGUAAUAUUUUUAUAUUUUAAAUACAUGAGAAUAAAAAAAUUUGUAACUGAA